ACCAAUAUGGCUCCCCAACUCCUCCCGGGGCGGGGGCAAACACCGGAAGUGGGUGUGACAGGGACGGAAGCGGAGCGGGCUUCCAAAUGAUGAUAUUGGGGAGGGGGAAACGUAGGCUUCAGAGCGAUGAUCCCCCCACAAGAGGCGUCCGCCCGGCGGCGGGAGAUUGAAGAUAAGCUGAAGCAGGAGGAGGAGACGCUGUCCUUUAUCCGAGACAGCCUGGAGAAGAGCGACCAGCUCACCAAAAACAUGGUGUCCAUCCUGUCAUCCUUUGAGAGCCGACUCAUGAAGCUGGAGAACUCCAUCAUCCCUGUGCACAAGCAAACAGAGAAUCUGCAACGAUUGCAGGAGAACGUUGAGAAGACGCUAUCCUGCCUGGACCAUGUCAUCAGCUACUACCAUGUGGCUAGUGACACGGAGAAAAUCAUCAGGGAAGGCCCCACAGGUCGGCUGGAGGAGUACUUGGGAAGCAUGGCUAAAAUUCAGAAGGCUGUAGAAUAUUUCCAGGACAAUAGCCCAGACAGCCCAGAGCUCAACAAAGUGAAGCUUCUGUUUGAGAGGGGGAAGGAGUCACUGGAGUCUGAGUUCCGAAGCCUGAUGACCCGGCAUAGUAAGGUUGUCUCCCCUGUGCUCAUCCUGGACCUCAUCAGUGGUGAUGAGGAGCUGGAGGUCCAGGAGGACGUGGCCCUGGAGCACCUGCCUGAAAGCGUGCUCCAGGAUGUGGUCCGCAUCUCCCUCUGGCUGGUGGAGUAUGGCCGAAACCAAGAUUUCAUGAAUGUCUACUACCAGAUACGCUCCAGCCAGUUGGACCGCUCCAUCAAGGGCCUAAAGGAGCAUUUCCGGAAAAGCAGUUCUUCCUCUGGGGUUCCCUACUCCCCUGCUAUCCCCAACAAGAGGAAGGACACACCCACGAAGAAGCCGAUCAAGCGGCCAGGGACGAUCCGUAAGGCUCAGAACCUUCUGAAACAGUAUUCCCAGCAUGGUCUAGAUGGGAAAAAGGGGGGCUCUAACCUCAUUCCUCUGGAAGGUCACGAGCAUGAUUUCCGAGUUAAGCACCUGUCUGAGGCCCUGAACGACAAGCACGGGCCACUGCCCGGGAGAGACGACAUGCUGGACGUGGAGACUGAUGCCUACAUUCACUGUGUCAGUGCCUUCGUCAGGCUGGCCCAGAGCGAGUACCAGCUGCUGAUGGACAUCAUCCCUGAGCAUCAUCAGAAGAAAACCUUUGAUUCCUUGAUACAGGAUGCACUGGAUGGGCUGAUGCUCGAGGGCGAGAACAUUGUGUCCGCUGCCCGGAAGGCCAUCAUUCGCCAUGACUUCUCCACGGUGCUCACAGUCUUCCCCAUCCUGAGGCAUCUCAAGCAGACCAAGCCUGAGUUUGACCAGGUGCUCCAGGGCACAGCCGCCAGCACCAAGAACAAGCUGCCCGGCCUCAUCACCUCCAUGGAGACCAUUGGAGCCAAAGCACUGGAGGACUUUGCAGACAACAUCAAGAAUGAUCCAGACAAGGAGUACAACAUGCCCAAGGAUGGCACCGUGCACGAGCUCACCAGCAAUGCCAUCCUCUUCCUGCAGCAGCUUCUGGACUUCCAGGAGACAGCAGGCGCCAUGCUGGCCUCCCAAGUUCUUGGGGACACAUACAAUAUUCCUUUAGACCCCCGAGAGACCAGUUCUUCGGCCACCAGCUACAGCUCUGAGUUUAGCAAGCGACUGCUGAGCACCUAUAUCUGUAAAGUCCUGGGCAACCUGCAGCUAAACUUGCUGAGUAAGUCCAAGGUGUAUGAAGACCCAGCACUGAGCGCUAUCUUCCUGCACAACAACUACAACUACAUCCUCAAGUCCCUGGAGAAAUCUGAGUUGAUCCAGCUGGUGGCUGUGACCCAGAAGACUGCUGAGCGCUCCUACCGGGAGCACAUUGAGCAGCAGAUCCAGACCUAUCAGCGCAGUUGGCUAAAGGUGACUGACUACAUCUCAGAGAAGAAUCUACCUGUGUUCCAGCCUGGAGUCAAGCUUCGGGAUAAGGAGCGGCAGAUGAUCAAGGAGCGUUUUAAGGGCUUCAAUGAUGGCCUUGAAGAAUUGUGCAAGAUCCAGAAGGCCUGGGCUAUUCCAGACACAGAGCAGAGGGACAAGAUUCGACAGGCCCAGAAAAACAUUGUCAAGGAGACGUAUGGGGCCUUUCUGCACAGGUACAGCAGCGUGCCCUUCACCAAGAACCCUGAGAAGUACAUCAAGUACCGUGUGGAGCAGGUGGGCGACAUGAUCGAUCGCCUUUUUGACACCUCUGCUUAAGCCUGCCAGUGUCUCUGCCUGGUUCCAUCAGACUAGCCAUGUCGUUGGACAGAUAAACCAGUGUUAAUUUGCCUCUGGGCUGGUGAGUUUGCAGUCCUGUGGGACAGAGACUUUUCUUCACUGCCCCAUCCAAGAGCCCUGUCCCUGCCCUCUAGUCCUGGUAUCUGCUUCUUCCCUGCACCCCAUGUUCCCCUUCAAACCAGCACUUUCCCAGGAUGCUGGAACCUUUCAAACCUUGAGUUUUAUGUCUGAGCACAGCGAGCCAGGGCCAUGUGAUGCCUUGAGAUAGGAGAGAAGGAAGCCAGAGGCCCAUGCCUGGAGCUGCUUCAUGUAUCCCCCAGCUUGAGGGCAGACCUCCCCAGCCUAGUUCAGACCUAGAGAUGGAAAACUGCCAUCCAGCCAAGAAAUGUGAGUGGGGCUCAGAGGAGCAGGCCACAUCCUAGCCAGGGGGAGGACCUAGAAAAAGCAGUCAGGGUUAACUCCUUUCCUUGGAUAUAGUGCAUUGUCCACAGACUCAAGCUCUGGGGAUGUUCAGCCUCCCCAAAGUUCUCUAGGUGGCAAGGAGGAGUGCUCUCUGGUCUGUUCCCUGCAGAGUCCAGCAUGCUGUAGGAAGCAUGUGGAGAAGUUCUGACCCACCUCGGAGGCCAGCCACUCAGCUCCUGUCUCCCAGUCCCCAGUAUCAGGACCUCCUGGCCCAGGGCCAGACAGUAGCAGUCACAGAAGGAGCAGUUAAGCUGUGUGUGUGUGCUUGGAGAUUAGUGGACAAUGGUGAGCAGUCCAGAAGCAAAGUAGGAGGUCAAGGCUGUGAAGUCAGACCCUGCCUACUUAGCACAAGCACGACAGCUGAGUUCAAUGAAGGCUGACACUGGAGGUGCACUUGCACUUGGGUGAGGGGUUUAUUUCCACUCUGCUCUGCUUGUAUGCAUGCAGAGCCAGAAACUCACAGUACUUGGGGCCCUGCAGGGUUAGGGGAGAGCCAGCUCUCCUUUCCCUCUUUCCAGAGACCCUUCUCUGGCCCUCUCUCCCAGCCGUGAGGUGCCACACUGCCUCCUAUGGUCUGCCGGCCCUGGCCCUGCCCUGUUACAGCCUGGGCUGCCCACCGUGGGGAACAGCCUCACCAGGGGCUGGGUCAGACUUGCAUGUUGCCCACAUCCAGAUUCCAACAAAGAGGAACUGGCUGCACACCACGCUGGCCACAUAUAUGAGGAAGAAGGUGUGGUCAGCAGCCUCAGCCCAGCUCCUCGAGCCUUUUCCUCCUCUUGAGGAUGCUGUGGGGGAAGAAGGAGGGAAAGGAGCUUUCUGCAGAUCUCCUCCAACAUACUCUUGCAGAGCAGGCCUCUAAGUCUCUAUUAGCUUCUCAACUAAUAAAAGUUUGGGUCUGGCCUGUCCUAAGCCACCUCCAGGAGAAGAAAUACCCUCUUAGAGAUCUCUGGGAUUAAUUCAGGGUCUGAGGUGACCUUGGCCUUUAGGGAGGCUAAGCUGGCUGGCUGUUCCAGACAGGCCUGCUUCAUCCCAGGGAGGCCGCAGUGGAUCCUGGGGACAGUAGAUCCAGCCCAGUGAGUGCAGGUAGCUCCAAUAUACUCAGCCGCCCCCGAGCCUUGGCCCAGUCCUGCCGGUGCUGCCCUGUCAAACCUGCUCCAGGCCUCAUUCUCACCCCCUUCCUGGAAGGGCCCUUUGCUCCUGCUCACCUUCAGAAUUAGGCCCUGGGUUCUCCUGAUCUCUCUGUUCCUCCCUUGGGACUGGGUUGGGGCUGCUUUUGUUCUUAAGGCUGUCCCGGGCCAGCAGCCCAGCCAGCAGCACCGUCUCCAUGGUGCUGAGGAAGAGCAGCAGCAGCAGGACUGUGAAGUAGUAAACUGGAGGUGGGAAAGGACUUGAGGGACCAGGCCUGGCUGGGUUGCAGCUCACAGCUCGGGUGACAACAGGUCAGGGACAGGCUACAUGGAACGGGAGGGAGCAGGGCUUACUGAGCAGUGGGUUGCAGGAAGAGGAGCUGGGCAGGGCCUGCACCAGGGAAGAGUGGAAGACGAGGUAGCCCAGCAGCAGUGUCACCUUGUAGGCAAUGCGCUCAGUGGCCCGGAGGGGCAGCAGCCCCCCACACACAUCAGCUAAGAGCAGCGCCUCUCCAGGUACCAGCAGCGAUAUGAUGGACUCUAGUGCUGUGUUCUUCAGGCUCAUCUGGAAGGGAAAAAGUUGAACCUUUCCCGGGAUGUGGAGGGGGCGGGCAGCACGGGGAUGGUCACGGCCCUGACUGUGCCCCCUCAUUGCCCUCCAUCAGCUUCUGCCAGCCCCUUCCCAGUUUGACUCACCAUCACCUGGAAGCAGGGUACUGAAUGCUGGGAUGGGACUUGGAUUUUCAAAUCAUAAACUACGUAUUCUCUCUUGACA